AACAUUGAUUACGCAAUGCGUUGCUCGUGUCAUCAUCCACACGGUUACGAUUACGGUUCUACUGCCCAAUUUUACUUUUUUAAACAAAUUGGAAACGCAUUUCUGUAAUAUUCCAUGUAAGAAACUUCGUUGAGAAUGGAUAGCACCGGAGGUGGAAUUGUGUUAAACCUUGUAUCCAAUGUGGAACCAGUAAAUAAGGUCAAGAAGCCUCCUAUUCCUCAGGAAACUUUGAAGAAAAAGAAGAAGACACCACAAAGAAAUACAGAAGGAAGAGAGGACAACAUCUCACACCAAAAAGGAAACAAUAAUUCAAAUCAUGAUGAUGCAAAGAAUGAGAGCUCGGGAUUCAGUUUCAACUUUUUAGAUGACAAACAGACAGGAUCGCGAGGGAAAGGAGUGAAGCAGAAAGAUGGAGAAAGCAAAAACAAACAGCCUGGUCAACCAAACAACAACAUCAUUUCUUCUCUCUUUCGACACAACCCAGAGAUACCUCAGGUUAAAAUUCAGAAAGUCACUGAGAAUAAGGAGGCUAUCUUUUCAUCAACACAGUUCAGUGAACUCCCGCUGCAUUCCUUCAUGAUAUCAAAUAUUGAGAAGAAUCUCGGUUUCAGUCAGAUGACGACUGUACAGCAGAGAGCCAUCCCCACUCUGCUGCAUGGACAAGACACUCUUAUCAAAUCACAAACAGGAACAGGAAAAACUUUGGCUUAUGCUGUUCCAGUCGUCCAACAGCUGCAGGGUCUUCAGCCUAAGGUUCAAAGAUUACAUGGACCGUAUGCUCUUAUUCUGGUCCCUACUAGAGAGCUUGCAUGUCAGAGCUUUGAAACACUUGUAAAACUUGUUAAGCCAUUUCAUUGGAUUGUUCCUGGUGUGCUGAUGGGAGGAGAGAAGAAGAAAUCGGAAAAAGGAAGGAUACGAAAAGGAAUCAACAUCCUGGUAUCCACUCCUGGUAGAUUGGUAGAUCACAUCAACACAACCGAAGCUCUUACGUUCUCAAGGGUGAGAUGGGUCAUCUUAGAUGAGGCUGAUAGGUUAUUAGACUUGGGUUUUGAGAAGGAUGUAACCACUAUCUUGAAUGCUAUCAAUGAGCAGUGCCAGAACCAGAAACAAACCGUCCUGGUCUCAGCUACACUAUCAGAAGGUGUGAAACGACUCGCAAACAUCACGUUGAAGGACCCUGUUUUCAUCGAUGUUGCAAAACACCAAUUAGACAAAGCGUUGCCUCCAGCGCCAUGGUCGGCUUCGUCUUCAUCAACAGAAGAACAGCUGAAGCCUGCAAAGACCGGGUCACAGGCCGAAGAGACUGGUGAAGGAGAGAUUGGUGAAGAUGCGGAGAUGUUCUCCGUUCCAGAACGCUUGAAGCAGCAGUUUGCGAUUGUACCCAGCAAGCUUAGACUGGUGGCUCUCACAGCCCUAGUAGCAGGCGGGUUUAAGAGUCCCUCGGGAUGUAAGAUGCUGGUCUUCCUCUCAAGUUGUGAAUCGGUCGACUUUCACUACACACUCUUCCAGGCCUGCAAGGGAUGUUCCAUUCUCAAAGAGGAUGGGACAGCAUCAAAGAGAGAGGGGAUGCCACUAUUCAGACUUCAUGGCAGUAUGUCUCAACCGGACAGAAUAAAGAUGUAUCAUGCAUUUAGUGAAGCACGGAAAGGCGUCCUCUUGUGUACAGAUGUGGCUGCAAGGGGGUUAGAUCUGCCAAAAGUUAAAUGGAUUGUACAGUAUAACAUACCAGGGUCUGCAGCUGACUACGUUCAUCGUGUCGGCAGGACAGCUCGGAUCGGUAAAGAGGGACAAGCCCUACUCUUUCUAGCCCCAUCAGAAGUAGAAUAUAUCAGGAUACUGGAGGAACAGCAAAUCAGAAUCAAAGAGCAGCCACUGGACGACAUCCUGUCCAGCCUGAUGACCUCCGAAGCUCAGGACUUCAUCCAUGGACAGUUCAAGGGUCAGAGGCAGCGAUCCGUAGAGGAAGCGGCUACCAACCUCCAGCUGAGAUACGAGAAUCAUGUCCUCACUAACACAGCGCACACACAGCAAGCUAGGAAAGCAUUUCACUCCUUCAUCCGUGCGUACGCCACAUACCCGUCAUCCCUCAAACACAUCCUGCACAUCAAGAAGCUUCACCUGGGUCAUGCUGCCAAGAGCUUUGGACUGCGAGAAGCGCCCUCUAACAUCCAUGACAGGAUAGGCAACACCAAUGGAAGGGGCACCAAGAGAAAACAGAACAGUAUGAAGGUGAGCAGUGUAUCGGAGUUUGACAGUGGCCUGGAUGAAUCAACACUGAUGCCUUCCAAGAAGCAGAAAGCCGAUGCUAAGAAGAAGAGGAGAAAACUCAUGCUACAGGAGAAACGACCCCACCCACAGAAAUGAUACUGAUUCGACGUGAUAAGGAAGAUGAGAAAGAGACUUGGUAGACAACUGGUUGCAAAAAUACUUAAAGCCUUCUUGUACUUUAUAUUAAACUUACACUCAUAUCUAAGCAGUGUUUUGUCUGUUUGGACUGAAUUAACAGGGGAGUGUUUCACAAAGACCAAGAUCGACUUUAAGUUGGAGUUAACUAUGGCAG